CAUUACUGUACUCUCUUCGUAAAAUACCCCUCUGUCUGCAUGACUCCACUUCCAUGGUCUUUGCCAAUAUUCUCUUGUGGCUGUAUUUAAGAUAAGAUAAGCAGAUAGAAACCCUUAUUGCUGUAAGCAUGAGCUUGCUGCAGAGGAAAGAACGAUCGCUUCUACCUCACGUUUGGUAAAGUAUAAAUCAAGGUUGCACUGUAGAGAUUAUAUUUCUUCCAAAUCUCGCUUAAAGGAAUGUUUGGAGUACACUUCGGUUGAGGUAAGUCAUUCUCUACAAUUACUUAAUGACUCUGGAAAGGAUCUUCGUGAUUUGUUCCGAAAGAGUAGAUAUUGUGAGCGGCUAAUCUAUCAUCCCUUCUCUAAAAUACCGGCGGCAUCUUUUCGCUUGCUACCUUCAGUGCUCGAAAAGUGAAAGCAUAGUUUAAUCGAAGUUGAACUCUCUCAACGCGUCUCUCAAUUCUAGCUAAUUCUGGAGUUACAGAGCAUAGGUCAAUAAAAAUCAAGUGCUGGUAGUCUGAGUUUAUAGCCGGUGUUUAUAUAGAGUAAAGGUGUGAUCAACAUCAUCAUUUAUUGCUAUUAUUCUUUCUAUCUGAAAGACGUUUUCCGUAAAGAUGUUCGUUAGAAGAUUGCAAUCAAAGCCUUAGUUCAACAUUUGCGCGCGCGUGUCGUCUUGAUUGGAUACCCCUUGGAUACUCCGCAAGACUCCAAUUCCUAAGGUGAUUAUCUCGUUGUAAACAUAACCAUUUUAUUAUUGUAACAUCGCUACAAAUGAAGACCAUCCUGUACAUGCUUUGAAUUCAAUAAUCUGACGUCGGGGUUAAUGCUAACGACGGAAAAUACACAUUACAAAGACUCGAGUCAAUAUGUUUCGCCCGUCGUUUUUUCUUUCUAAUGACUGGGCGUUCUGUACACUAAGCUUGCUGACAGUUUAUACAAUUCCAAUCCUGUUCCACUGUCACCUUGUUCUCCUUUCCUCUGGCUGUGAUCAAUCAUUCAUCUUAAUUAAAGUUGCCUUGUUUAUAACUAAUUACUCGUGGCUUGAAAGAAUCAGUGAGGUUAAGUACCGAAAGGUCAAUUUAAAAGGCUCCUUUAAUAUUUUCCAAUAUUUUGAACGAGAGCAAAAAUAGAACUGCUACAAAUUGAAAAGUUAGUGCAUGAAACCUGCUUAGUCUUUGGCCACAGUACGACAGGCAAGAGGCCGUUGGGAGAAAAACCCGGGGAGUUUGUCAACAAAUGUUUAUACGGCAGGCUCGGGGGGUACUCAACAAAUGUUUACAUGUAUACGGGCAGGCUCUGCCACGAGGUCCAACUCCUCACACUUUAAACUAUGUACCAUUUUUCACGAAAAAGGCACCCCUUUCGAAUACCUUGCGCUGACAAAUGGUAUCCCUUUCACAUACCUUGUUUAGAACUUUGCAUCCAUUUUAACUGCUGUAAAUGCACUGUCUUUUAAAUGGGAAUCUAUCACAAAAAUAGAACGUUCUCUCGACUUUAUUAAGUCAUAAAUUUCAUCUGUUAGCCCUUUUGGGCCCUUUUACAGACCAAAAUGACAGAUUUCCCUACCCUAUUAUACUGACUUCAACUAGUGAAAUCCCUUCCCUUUCACAGUAAAGCUUGAAAAAGAUACUACUUUCGGGCCGAGCCUCCACGUAUAGCCCAUCAUAGGGAGUACUCCCCCCUGGGGAUAAAACUGGUCGAGCUGACAUCAAGUGACAUGUUUAAGUGUGACAGUUUUAUUUGGGGAAAACAACUCCAAAAAACACAACUUUUUAACUGACCAUUAUAAUUCAAAUAUCAAAUUAUCAUCGCUGGAGAUCUUAGCAAGUCUAUUUUCUUACAUUUAGUCACCCAAACUUACGCUCUAAACUCUCUUAGUGUUGGAAUGUUGAUAGUGCCAAGAGUGGUUAAGUUCGUGAGUUAUUGUUAACAAUUCCCUCAAACAAUCCCCGAGAUUUUCUGCGCUCAAAUAGAGACUCGAGAUUUUUUGUUAAUAGCUCAGGAAAACUAGGUAAAAUCAUGCGAAACCCCCCUUUCUUUAAAGUCUCUUAACCCUUUAAGCCCUAAGAUUGAUCAGCAUCAAAUUUCUCCUUGUAAUAUCAAUGCUUUAUAAAACAGAGUGGUUAUGAGAAUUACGGACAUGAUCACACAAAAUGAAUUUGCUGGAUGUUUCAUCAGCUUCUCCCCACUACUUUGGUUGGAAAUGAAUAGGAGCAACAAAUGAGAAUUCAAAUUUCGAUCUUAGGGUGUGAAGGGUUAAGGUCGUAAGACAGGUUCUGCGUUGAAAAGCAAUGUUGCUAGUUUUACCAACCAUGAGUUAAACUGAUUGUUUUACAACAAAUUAGCUUGCUGCAGGAGUUUCGAGAAGUUGUUGAAGAAAACAGAGAGUAGUUCUACUUUUUGCAACAAGUUUGAGUGAAACCUGCAGCAGACUGCUUUGAUUUAUGCGUGGUUAAAUGACCCUCAUACUCCGCAUCAUGGCUUUGAAAAAAAAAAAUAGUAGUUUCUCUAGCAACCUUUGUGGCAAUACAGGUGUGGUGUGGAAUCCCUAAUGAAAGGGUUCCCAAGUCUCCACUAAAAUAGUGAGUAAGUUGGGGAGGGAGGGUGUGUGUAAAUGAGAGUGUUGUAGGCAUAUAAAAAACAAAGAAAAUUGGUUAAUAGUUGAAUUAUUAGAAAAAGCACCAAAAAUUGAGCGACCAACAACUGCAAUGCAGCCACGUCCAACACAAAUAUACAGUGCAAAGUAAAAUGUUAAAAGUUAAAAACACCGAUAUUGAGCGACCAACAAACUGCAAUGCAGCCACGUCCACCACAAUACACAGUGCAAAAUAAAUUAAAAGGAACUUUUUGCAACAAGUUUGAGUGCAACCUGCAGGAGACUGCUUUGAUUUAUGCGUGGUUAAACAGUGACCCUCAUACUCCGCAUCAUGGCUUUUCAACUCGUUUUGCAGUUAUGUUCCAAAACAAGUUGAAAUGCUUUUGUUGCUCAUUUUACCGCUUAAUUACUUUAGAUUUUAGAUAGAUUUGUCUAUAUUUUUCCCAAGGAGAAGUAGUCGUCAGGAGGAAAAAUUUGACAGACAUGUAUAGAAAAAUUAAAUAUUGGUCAUUCCUCCCCUCCCCAACCCACACACAAAAAAAACGAUUCUAGUGCAGAUGAGGUCGUCAAAUUUUGUCAGAAGAAUUCUUUGUCUUGGUCUUGUGGCUUAAGUUUUUGUGAUUCAUAUUCAUUUUAUUCUAUUUUACUUUUCAUCUACAACAACACAUCCUAACUGAUUCUCAUACACAAAACCGCCCUAUAAUUCGCGCCCACCAAGAUGGGCGCAAGAUGGCUUCAAAAACCAUGAUAAGGUCUGUUUAAAACUUACUUGUUAUUUCCCCGUCUUCCAGAACACACCUACCUAAGAAUAAAACGUACAAAUUGUGUUGAUCUCAAGAAAACAAUUCCCAUCCGUCAAAAUUCCAUCCGUGUGACGUCCUAAAAUAGUAACAUUAACUAAAAAUACACUCUUUUCUUUUUAUAAGAAUGUUGUUUUACUGGCCCGGGUUGCCGAUUUUAGCCUCAAAAUAUUCUUGUAUUAUUCCAAAAUUAACAUGCAUGCUAUUUUCGUGAACAAAAUGUAUUGGGGUAUCAAUUACAGCUAGUGCAGGGUUUUUCGUUUUAUUGGGUAAUUUUGCCUUGUAGAGAAAGGGAUGGUUUUAUAUGGUUAAGUUGGAAACAUGCAAUUGUAUUGUAUUUAGAGACUUUCAAAACACAAAAUCAUAUUCGCUUCAGAAUCUCAGCCUCGGGUCCUUUCUUAAAAUAUUCUAAAACUUCGCAAAUUUCAGCGUCGAUACUCUUAAAAAAAUAUUCGGAUUUAUUCCUAUACAAAAGUGUACAACCUUCUCCGUUUGUGGAUUUGGCAUACUUGUAAACUGACCAAAAUGUGAUGACAUAUAGAACCUAUCAACUGUUGAUAAUGCCAUGUUAUGAAAGCUGGUAUCGAUCCCCCAUUGUAGCUUAUAUUUGGACGUUCGCAUGCGGAAAGUGGCAGGCCUUAAAAUAGCGUCAGUUCUCUUGAAAUCAGCAAAAAUUCUCCUCUACACCCUCUCUCGUCCGUAUCCGGGCAUCUCAGAUCUGGGGUUGUUAUUGUUAGGCUGAGGGUUUUUUUUAGUGCCCUUGCCUUCGAAUUGAAAACGCGAAGCAUACAUAUUAAAAAUUACAUUUGCAAGCAUUUGCGUCAUCUUGUUUUUGACACUUUGGACGUUAUCUAGCUGAUGUGUGCGAACAUUUUAGGGGUUCCCUCGAUGUGCUAUCAUAAGGCUUCCUUCUUCUUUUUUGACUUUUGUUCGAGCUCAAGAUUCCCCCUCGUAGAAACACUAACCCACGGUCAGUUAAAAUGCGAUAUAAGACCCCAGGGAAGAGAAGUCUUAUAGGCUGCAAAAAUUUCUAGAUUACAUUCACAGGUGAUUAAAGAGCUACUUCGAGUGGGCAGCCAUGUUUGGCUUGGUUCGACUACUAUAGUGAAAAGGAAGAAUUAUUGAGGGCAAAUAGAAUUACUAACACACUUAUCACGCACAAACUCCAUGCUGACAGUUAACUUGUCCAUCUGCUUGUUUUACACUUUAAAUGCGAAUAUUUUAAUUCCUUUGAUGCUUCAUGUCAUCCACUGAAAUGAAGGAUGUAUGAAUUUCAUAAUAUUAGCAUUAAUUUACGUCAUCCAUUAUUAAAACUAAAGUGUUUUGCACUCACAAGAAAUUUCCAUCAAUAUGAGUAAAUCGUUUCUAAUGCAGUGUAAAUAUAUCUGAGCAUAAUGCCAUAAUAAGCUAUAACAAUAUAACGUAGUCUAUUUUGGCUUGGUUCUUUCGUGCUUGUCAUUGGUCGGUACGUUUUCGUGAUAUUUCAUUUUCCAUAUUAGCCUACGUGAUUAUCACGGAGGAAGUACAUUUCAGUGGCUGACGUUUUAUCACCUUGGCCUUACCAGAAAUGUAUUUCAGGCCAAAAUGACCGCCUGAUUAUCAAGAAUGAUUAGUACUUUUCUUACUUCUGCCACUUUCGUAAACGCAUGAAAGAAACUGGAGAUAACUACUUUUUAAAAACCUUAACACACUCUUCCUGUCUAGUGAAAAAUUCGAGGGGGCGGCGGAGCGGAAGACCCCCGCCCCCCAACUUUUUCUGGAAUAAAUAAACAAAUGUGAAAGACUUAAUACUCAGCCUCCUCUCUUCAAGUCACUAGUGAGCCCCCCCCCCCCCCGACAUUUGCAAAAAUAUUCCGCCGUCCCUGCUUCAAACUUGAUGUCAAUUUCACUUUCAAAGACUUCACACGCGUACACUUAAUUUCAAUUAAGUUGUUAGUAAGUUAUGCUUUCAAACGAAACUCUUUCUGGACCCGAUCAAAGCUGUGGAUCAGCUGGUUGUUAUUUCAUUUAUUUAAUUUUUAAUCUUAAUGACGUGUUUUACCAAAAUACUUUUAAUCAUAGUAAUAAAUUCAAAUAGCAACAUGAAUACAUGAAUACACACGCAAAUCCUCCUUUAUGAAAGGACUAAUAUUGUUUUUCUAACGAAUCUGUGUACAUUCACUCCCCCGCUUGGUAAAAAAUGGAACGUUUAAACAGAGACCAAGAUGGCGCACAGUGCAAACAAGCUGACGAAUUGGUAGUGGGGCCAUCUAGGUAUUGUUACAAAUCACUUCUUCCCAUAAAUUGUAAACAAUAAUACUCAACGUGCUGUGAAAAAAAAAACAAGCAUAAACACACAAAACGAGUAUUUUUUAAAUUCAUUAUUUAAGCUGCAAACGGCAACAAUAAAAGCUAUUGCUCUGGAGCUAUUAUUUAAAUAAAAAUGGCGAUUUAGGCGGGACUUCCAAGGUUAUGUUACAACUUGGGGAAGGUCCACCGAAUGGGAGCAAUGCUGUUCAUUUUCGUUUUAACAAUAAUAUCAAAAUAAGCGUAAUUACAUAUCAGCGUUUAUUAUUUAUUCAUUAUUUAUCAUGCGUAAACGUCUUAUCAUUAUUUAAAACAUUGUAAAUCAACGUAAAGAACACCCAAGGAAUACUGGGAGUAGAGUUCCCUGCUAACAGAGGUCUCUUUUCUCUAGUACUCGGCGAGCGGAAUACCAGAGAAAAGAGGCCUCUGUCGACAGGGAAGGAGCAGGAUAGUCAGUACUUUGCAGCACGUCCAGAAAUUCACAGAUUUAUGACUGCCUGCUCCACAGGUGGGUAUUGGGGAACUCGCUAGCACGCGAGACCAGCGAGCUCUCCCUAAUAAUUAACUCAAAUUUCCCCCAGUGAUCGCGAGCGACUGGGGACGAGGCAGGAUGUCUGAUUCCCACAUCUAAUUAAGAAGCUAGAAAUUCAGCGCGGCAUGAUAAUUAUUAUUAACAACUGUACUGCGCCAGAGUUUUGAUUGUCUUUUUUUAUAAGAGCCCUACAACGUGCGCGGGCUAUUUGGUCGUUUUAACAAAUUUAAGUCAGGAAAAUGUAUCAGUAUUUCUUGCUUGUUUUUGAUAAAACAAUUAGUUAAAGCAACGGAAAUCAAAUCGUCGGAAUUUCACGAUUCUUAGGCAUUCUACGGACGAACUGAACAGUCACUAUAUUAAGAUUUUUGUGAAAGACUGGCAGUAUUUGUGGAUCUGUUUUUCUAGUGGAUAAUUUAGAAUUGUACGAUAGUCAGAGAAAACAACGUAACUCGGGAAGUCGUCAUAGCUCCUAUCAAUUCAUUAACUUUUUAAUAAACGCAAGUCUUUGAAUGACUAAUCUGUACGCUGCAUUGUUUUGCAGUUCAUCUCAGACUGAUACAGAGAUGCAAGAACACAUGGGCCCACCAGUGUUCAAACUGGUCGCUAGGAAUUCAAGAAAGAACUCUCCGUUCUUCAAAAAUGAUUCAAACGCGCCUCAGUCGCCGUUGAGGGGUACACCGAAGCAAGAACCGAGGGACAGGGAAGGUGAACGUACGUAUCAGCGGCUGAGCAAAAAUUAAAAAUAAACCCACCACACUGGCAAGAGAAGUUUCAACUGUUUGCUUAUUCUCCCGGGCCCAGCUGUUCAAAAGGUGGAUAGUGCUAUGCAAUUGGUUUCCCUAAUACUUAUCCACUCGAGAGUGAUUUAUCCGGUGGAUAGCGCUAUGACGCUUUUGAACAACUGGGGCCAGCCUGUUCCAAAAUCUCAGUAGGAAAAAGAGCGCGCGAGAUAAAACAGGCCCCAUCUCUUUCUCUUUUUCGCAUUCGGUUUUCUUUUCGCUCGUUCCCACUUACUGAGAGCCACGAAAAGAAAAGGGAAUAUAUUCCCCGAUUUUAACAAAAAUAAAGAUAAUGAUAAUCUCUGAAAUUGAUACGGACUGAAUUAAUUAUGAAUGGCGUUUCAACAAAGCCUUUGAAACUUUUGAUUGGCCAAAUGCUGGUAUACAAGGACUUCUAUAGUAUUAUUGGGGCAGCUAGUACUCGAAGUGCCUUCUCCAUAGCUUUCAGUGUUAGAUGACUUGUUCAAAUAGGAGUAUAAAUAAGAGCGCUUCUUGUUGAAUAAUUGAAUUUAUCGAUUGGUUAUAUAGUUAGUUAAGUGGUUUAUUUUUCUGCCUCCUUCAGCGUUUCCAUUUACUUUACUUUGUUUUUACUUGCAUCAAACAUGAACAACAGGUCGAACGGCAGCCUUGAAUCUGGAAUGGCUGAAAAGCUCCGUUAAACUGCUUGAGAGCGCACUGAGGGAACGCAACAAACAGAUGGAUAUACAAAAAAAGGAAAUCGAAUUCUUGCGUAACGAACUCAGGCGAAAAGACGAUGUCAUCAGAGAAUACGAGAACUUGAUCAAUGAAAGAGAGGAUAUGGAGAGACAAGAGGUAGAGAUAUUACACAAAGAAAUCAGAACAUUACGAAUGGACGUCAUGUCAAAAGAAGUGACGAUACGGGAACACGAGCAUGAGAUUGAGCGACUGGACAGCAAAGUUGAAAAGCUGAUGUCCGUCAUGCCGCCAUCUCUGCCUCAAGGUCGUGCGCGUGCGCAAGGAGUGUCCGCUGAGCCAAAGCAGCUCAAUCACGCCAACAUCCAAAAGUAUCUUCGACAUUAUCCAAAAAGUGAAAGGUGAGUUCGGCGAGACUGCCGAGAAACAUAACAAAGUUUUUUAACUUUUAAGUGAACCGACCACCAUUCGAUCCCUUCAUCUUAACUCUAACUUGGAGAUAAACGUUUGCCCCCCAGGGAGGCAGGUGUUAAUUUUCCAGGAGCCCAUAACCCUGGGACCAGGCUCCUUAUUGGGGAAAAACAGCUAAUAAUGGGGCGAGCGGGAAGAAAGAGGCGAACCGAGCGGGGGAUCGAGAGAGAAAGGGACGUUCCGCUGCCUUUUCCCCUCCGGCAGUCGGCUCGCUUCGAUCUGACGAUCGCCAAUUUGUCUCAGAAUAAGUAAUAUUAAAUCAAGAAAGAAAGAAAGAAAGAAGAUAGCUGGCGAGAAAGUCGAAAGCUUUAUUCUCUUUUCGUCCUCCUUUCUACUAUUUUUGCAGCAUUUUCCAGGUUUAUGCAUUUUGACCCUUCCGCUAUGUUCCAGCACUUCAACCUCGUUCCCGCCCCAUUUUCUAAGGGUAAAAGCCCUAGGAACGAAGUUGUACUGUACUUACUAUUUUAUUACUGCUUAGUAGAGUCGGAUUUUGAGAACCAUCGCAGAAACCGUAGCCUGCGUGGCAGACACUUCCGUUUCCUUUACAAUAAAAUUUAACAGAUUGCAAGUUAAAGUUAUAACAAUUAUCAAGAAAGACUACUGCAUGGACUGACUAAGAAAUCAAUCGUGAGGAGGCGUGUAAUACGGUAUCCGAUCAGGCUUAUCUCCGAGGAUUAUUUUAGGGAAUCACGAACCAAAAAGAUAAACCUCUUCAUGCGAGUAAUGUGACACUGGAACGGUGUAAAAACGUAAAUAGAAACGAUAAAAACAUGUUAAAAGUACUAAACCAACAAAAACAAAUGUUCACUACGACACAGGUAGCUUGCUAAAAGCAUCACGUUCAAAUUUCAAAGCAUGAUGGUGCGCUUUAUUUGAGUGAAUAUUUGUCCGAAAACAACACCCUUUUUUUAGUUUUGAAAACGCUAAAAAAGAACCCUUACUCUUGCUCGGGCCUCUCUAAAUCGAAGUAUGUUUGUAAAAAAGAAAUGGAACAAUUUGCUCAACAACAGUAUUAUUAUUUCGACCUGAAAAAAAAGGGAGGAAUAGUAAGAGCUGUUUUAAAUAAUUUGUAAUGUAUUGAUCGAUAUUGCUACUAACAUAUUAAUGAAUUCAAUCAAGCCACCGUCAUUUGAUAUUGUAAUUUUCAUAGAAUUUAUUGUAACAAAGGGGGGAUCUCCUUAGAAAAGCUGUAACGAGCUUGCAGAGAUCUUCCUACUACUAGAUACGUUUUCCAGCAAUCAUAAACUAAUGUAAGAAAGAUAUAAGUGGGGAAAUAAAUAAAUAAAACAUAGACCCUUGAUAGCCUGCGUGCAGAAGUCUCCUGUUUCCCUUUGAGAAUGCACGCAGGCUCAGUACGUAUUUAAUCGGUCUGGGAUAAGAAAACAAACAGAAAAGUAACGCAAAAUAUUUCGUAUUUUCUGAAGCUUGCUGUACGUUUUCUUCCCGUGACAGCGGCGGGUUUUGCCCCUAUUUGUACGCCUUUGAAAAGACUCCUGAUACUGAACUGUCCGAACUGAUAUUUUGAGUGCCGUGGAUAUUUUGCACCUGCAACGAGCAUCACACUAUUCAAUCGCUGCGUCUGAAUUGUUUAUAACAUGAGAUGAGUUAAGGUGAUUCCCUGGUUUUGCACUGCGCAUCUCUUACUGAGCAUAACAAGAUGGCCUCCGUAAAAAAGAGCAUGUGAAGUAAUGUCAAUAAAAUGAAGUUGACCGAGGAGAAACGCUAUUGCAAUUUUUGCUUGCGGUUGUUUCUUGCUGAGGUGAGACUCAAUGUGGUGGGAACGUGCAUAACGUAAGCAGUAAGCGUGUUGCUCAGUUCGACUUCCUCACGGAGAACCUCGAUAGUGGAUGUUAGUGCUUAUUCACUUUGAUUUUCAUUUAAACGCUUUCUUUAUCACAUUGUGUCCUAAAUGUGAUAUCUCGAUGUAAAUUCUGUAAAAACGGAUUUUUUAAUACUUUCUUCCCCCUUUCGCAUACAUUCUAUUUUGAAACUCGCCCCAGUCCUCUCUCCAAAAUCAAGGAAAAAGCAUUUGGCGCGCACUUUCUGCAGCUCUACCGCAAAAACGAGUACGGUGACCCCCAUUUUCUAUUUCAUGAUUUUAAUAAGGACAGUGCUUCCUUUCGGUGAGAAAAAAAUUGGCCCAAAUCUAUGUUCAGUUUUUUGGCAAUUUUACUAAAUUGUACGGAUUGAGCUAUCACGUGUCGAAUAGCGCGUGUCCAAUUUAAUUUUACUUUGGAGCGUAAAGUAAAAACAAGGGCAUUAAAAGGCAUUUUUCUGGUACGUAAGUGGAUAAACAAUACAUUGAAGUCAAAUUCUGUGCCAUACCACAUGCAUCAUUGAAAAUAACUUUCGUUUUUGUCUAGUUUUGGGCUGCGCGCGGUUGUUGUUAAAGGGUCCAAAAUAGCCGUAUUUGUCAGCAUUGUGACGUCAAAACGAGCACAGUGACCCCCACUUUGUAUUACUUACUUUUUUAUCCUCUUCUUGACUUGUUACAUCAGUGUGCCAAGGUUCAUCUACAAUCUAUGUUAGGUUCUUUUACUAGGGAAUCACCUUAAUAGUAUAAUUCUCUGAUUCGCACAGACGUCUGAGACGUGACAGCAUGCUACAUGUCUUCAUUCGGAUCAAAAUUCCUUUUAAUAACCUCAUCUUUUUGCAUGGUAAUAUAUUCUUUAGAUUAUAAAAUCUUUUAUAUUUCACUCGUAGGGAUGAGCAUUCACUGAUCCUAACAGUACUCAUCAUCAUCGUAAUGCUUUUUUCCCGGGGGGGCGGGGGGGGGGGGGUUCUGCCAUAUAUGGGAAAUAUAGGUACUGUAUGUGUCGCUGUGAAGCAGGCCUGGCUGUGAAGGGUAUGGUUUUCAAACAGUUUACUCUGGGACAGGGUAUAUAAAUCAGAGAGUUUGGGUCUAGAAGAGGGCAUCAUUUUCCAUUUAAACUGAUCAAUUGGCUGAAGAUUUUAGUCUAGAAUAGGGAAACCGGGAAUUGCCACUCAAGAAUAUAAAAAUUUCAAAUCAGUUUUGUUUCGGCUGGACUGUGCUAGUGACCUCAGUUGUUUCUGGAACACAGCUUCUCUAGGAUAGGGGGAUUUUCGGAGUUUAGUCUAGUAUAGGGUUGCAAACGUCACUUGAACUAACUCUGGUAUAGGCUAAAGGUUCCAGGGACCCAGCGACACGGUAAUUCGUUGAGUCCGUUGGGGGUUCAGAACAAGGAUCUCUGCGCUGCUUCGCAGACGGUACUAAUCAGAGUUUAGUUAUCGUCUGCACGCAGGCUACCCGAACCCAAAGUUACCACUUUAGAGCGCGCCAGAGCCGUCUCUUACGACUCAGGUGGAGGUGCUUCUGAUCUGCUUAUCGUACGAAAAGAUCUGGCGGUACUGAUAGAAAACUUUUGUUGGGGGAGGGGAGUGUUGUGUGCCCGUUAGGGGGUGGGGAGAGGAGACGGAUGACAUUUUAGACUACGGACAUAGCUCUCAGUUUCAGAUACUGACUCAUUUUGGUCAGGGUUUCGAGUGCUGUUAGAGAAAUCGGAACUUGACCCCGGGGAACUUGACUAUUAUCUCAAUAACCAUGACUAUGAAUGCUAUGACACCGUCUUGCACUGACUGCACCUGAUUGGGCCGGUGGGAACGACAGUAGUCAGGUCAGUGCUCCUAGCUGACAUCCUCGAGUUACCGACAGCUUUUAGGAACGUGGCACGUUCAAACAGAACGUGCCUCUCCUCUCAUUAAGGACGAGGACGGCACUGAAAACGUCACUGAAACGUCACUUUAUCGCGGUUUUUUAGCUUUGCCAAAUUUGUCAAACGUGCGAAUGUUCUCAGAGCUGAAUCCAAGUUUAAAUUGGUCUUCAUCACGUCCUCCUUUAAACGUCGCCUCAGGACACGUCCAAUAGUCGCGUGGUGACGGCAAAGAAGUGUCAUGCACGUGCAAAUUUAAAUCGUCUGAUGUUCGACGAUGCCGUCGUUGUCGUCGUUGCGUAACUUCCCUAUUGUUCCUUGUCAACAGCUAUCCAUUUACGUGACUUUCAUUGAUUAUGAAAAGUCAAGUGUAGGUUAAACUUCCUUUUCCUGCCUAAAAGGAUGUGCGACUUGUGCGCGCGCAGACUGUUUUAAUACGUAUACCUAAAAGCACACUUGAUAUGAUAUGACUGACGUCAAGGGUGUAAAUCAGCCGGCUAGAGAACCUGUUAUCUCAACUACGAAAAUCUUGCAGCAAGCUUCGCUCUUCUCAGUGCAAAAACGACGGAAAAACAGGACAUAACAGGAUCUCGCCGCAUUUGAUCUAGUCUCCAGCUAAAAAUUCGUAAAGCACUACAGCGAAUGGUGCGGGGUAAUUAAUUGUUUCGCAAAGCACAUUUCAUAUUUUACGUGAAUUAAUAAUUGAUCGAAUGGUUGACUUUCAAGAGGGUAAUGUUUUAUUAAAUCCUCCGUUUUGAAGAAAUAAAUUACGACCGGCAAUUUUUCAAUGGUUUUCACUGCAAAUCAACAAGCUAGUAAAAGGUAAAAUUAUAACUGAAAAUCAAUUAUUGUUGACAAUAGUUAGUUGGUAUUUUCAAACUACUGCAUACAAUUUCAACAUAUAAUGAAUGCUCUCUGAUAUGAAAUGUCAACAGUCUUAAUGCCUUAAAGUAUUUUAUUUUGUAAACACUCUUACCGAGCACGUUUCUAGUGACAGAAAAGAGACCAUUUUAGUCGACAUUUCCACUUAUCAACGGAUGAUUAUUGACUGAUGACCUUCUUAUAUGAUCUAAUAUUGACAAGGACGCUUGCUUUUGACGAUAGAGAUCCGGUCGCUUUUAGUCCGAAAGUCCGUGCGCCAUAGGAAAUGUAAACAGCGACAAGCAGGGGGAAUAAUAAUAAACAGCAAUUGCACUCACGAAGAAAUAGAUUAAGAAAACAAAGAGUCAAUUGUGCAGGAAUUGUGUGUUCUUUUUAGAACCUGUUGGUCCAAUAGAACUUCAUGCCCGCGUUUCCGGUUUUUUUCUUUUUUCUUUUGUUUUUGCCAUCGCUUCUUUUGAGUUAUUCCACUUUCAGACAAUAAAUUAAUGCUUGGCCUUAAUUUUUUGGUGAAUAGUUAUGACUUCGUUUUAUCUCAAAACUGACACAGCUGAGAGGCCAUAUGUAAUUGUCUUGGGAACUGAACGUGUCCCUUUGUACUGCAAAUGUAUCGCUUACGAUGUCCAUUCUCUUAGAAUAAGGUCCGUUUUUGAAGGGAUUAGAAGACCUUAGAAACAAGGUGUAAAUGAGGAGACUUAAAUCGGCAGAGGGCGUCAUAUAGGCCUCACAUACCAGGUAAGAGGAGUCUGAUCUAUUCGAAGUCGACGCCCAAUACAACGCAUAAUCUCCCUUGUAAACAAACUACAACUGAAUUUAAAACAGUAUGAGGCUAAUUAUUUCUCUUUGAACAGCUAAGAGGCAUUUGCAGUUUUUCAAGAAGAACCAUUUACCUAUCUGACAAUUUACUGCCAAGAGCAGUUGGUUUCCUAAACGAGGGCAGUACAUCCGUCGGUGCUGUCAAUCUAUAAUUAGCAUACAAAUUACUUACGACCACGUCUUUGAGAACAUAUUUAAGGAAGUUUUACACUGCACAACGGUAUUGAUGAUGAAUUCAUAAACAGGGAAGGUGGCGAUAACACUUCUCCGCGAUUUUGCGCUCAACUCAACUGAGACGUCGAAAGUGUUUUUCGUCUCAUCUUUGAGCAAAAGUAAUCCCAGUGUUCCAUUGGAGACUCGAGCACGCGUCGAGUGAUGCAUUGCGGCCGAGCGGCCAGCAAAAAGAAGGCAGGGUGUUUGUGUUUUCGGCGGGGUACUCCUGCAGUAGCCACAGCGAAAAUGGGUAGUCUGCGAGAGCUGCAGCAAGCUCUGCAGGAAAAGAACACCGAAAUGAAAAUGAAAGAUAGCCGCAUCCUGGCCCUUGAGCAGGAACUGAAAAGAAGGAACGAAAUCAUCCGGCGUCUGGAGAGCGAGCUGGAUAAGUAUCGGUCCGUGUUGCAACCCGCCGUAGCAACUCGAAGCAGAAAUCAGCGCCAAGGUAUUUCAGCCGAGCCGCAGAGCUAUAAAACCUUCAACGACGCUUCCAAGCCGCUUCAGAAACACAGUAAAAGCCAAAGGCAAGGAAUCUUAAGUAAUUUAACCAUGAUGUUAGUGUAGAAUCAGUUGAGGUUCAGCUAGCGCCAGGUUGCUAUCGAUCAUGUGGUGUAGACAAACCGGCUUUGAAUGUCUAGUUUUGUGAUCUCUGGAGACAUCAAAGAGCUACCUGACGAAGAAAACAUUUUAUGGCGAACGUGCCAGCUUUAUUUCGUGAUCGCUGGUAUUAUUACUACUCUAUGAUUUUUGGCAUCUGCGGUUAUAGCCAGCCAUAUCGAGUCGACGCCAACGCAAAAAUUAUAACUGACUGAAGUACAGAUCAAAAUGUCUUUAUCAUAACCCGGCCUGAAUUAUUCGCAAUAGCAUGUAAAAAAUUGCGCCUCGCACAGGGCAAUUGAUUGUGCGAUUGAUAUUAUCGUUUUUUCGCUUUGAUCUCCACAUAUUAGGCUAGCUUGUGGUUACGUCUCUGCUCAGUGUUUUGACUGGUGUUGGGUGUACACUCUGAUCUGGUGGCAUGUCCAUUUCGCUGUGAAACGCCGAGCGUCACCGACAUGCAUGUCCAUUUCGUUUGACCUUGCGUUAGUCACACGCAAAGCCAAUUCGCGAGAGGUGAAUUGGCUCCUUACUCGAUGACGUUUUUUGUUGUGGAAUUUCAAAGUAUUUUCCAAUGAUCGGCUCGUUGUUGUUUUUAUUGCACACUCACAUCGACAACUAACCGCUGUUGCGAUCGAUUACGGGUCCGAGUUUACACACGUCCGCGCGCCCUUCGCUCGAUCUAGUUUUACAUUUUAUAUUCGAAAUUUUCAACAUUUUUUUAUUAGCCCUUUGGAAUACUAGCUUUCCCAGCGGACGUUUUAGGGUGAUUCAACAGCUUGUGAACCUAAGUUUGCUUGUUCCAACACGUUAAAAACACUUACAACCCAAAGGGAUAGUACUUAUUUAUCUCUUAAUUACGCUUCAUGAGUUUUUCGAUCGAGCAGCCAGUGUUACCUGAAAUUGACAUCCUUUCCGAUUAAUACUUCGACCACUGAAGGCGAGCAAACGCGCAGAUUAGAUAUGAACGUGAUCUUUCCGCGUUCUGUCAAAAACUAUCGUGUUCAUUCAGUAAUUAUAAUUUUAAUUUUGUUUCUGUUAAGCUGCAUAUUUUUGGUCUUUCUGUCAUGUAGAUCAGGCGACGGCCUGGAUUACAUGUUUUACCAGACGCGCUAGACGUACGCUACGCACGGUCUAGUUUUGUACGAUGCACGCGACUUCUAAAAGAAAGGGUGGCAUCGCGUCGUAGAGAAACACGCCAAGAAGGGUCGUGAAGUGAACAUUUCCGGGGACUGACACGCGUACACUUUUGCUUUUGAAAUAGGCAUCAACGAUUGAAUGCAAGUUUGAUUGUCAUUUCUACAUAUCUACUUGAUAUGUCGAUCGAUCGGAGCAAAGCUUUCCAUUUAAUUUUAUCCCCUCGCUGUUUUUUUUUUAGUUGCAACGAAAGGCGCCAUCAUUAAUCGGGAAACCGCAGCAUAAACACGCUAGUUACCGAUUGAUUUUUUGUUGAGAAAAGUCGGCUCUCUAGAAGGGGUUUGGUUUUACAGAAGAAUAUAUUUACAUUUAUCUUACAGCUUUUGUUUCGAUUGAAAGUUACAAUCAGUGUUUGAAGCCCCAGGGAAUUUCUAUAAACAUACUGAAAAAGGAGUCGUUUUAUGGAAUAACCAGCCAGCUUGUUCCCUGGAUUGUUUCACAGAAAACUACACAGAAGAUGGACGGCAGAAAAUACCAGAUGGAAAUUAGCCUUAGUUUUCCUGUCAUUGUGUAAACAUUUUCAUGCGGUCGCUUCUUAUUUCGAUUGAUCACUCAGUUUUUACUACACAGCUAACUCCGUGUAUACCUUAAUGAAGUUCCGCCUUUUAAUGACAUUUUGUUUUGUCUCUUAAACAUUUGUGGCAUGACUUAGACCAGUCUUUUGAUGCUAUCUUUGUUCUUGAAACAGACGCUUGUUACAUAUGACCAUAAAGCCAAAGUAUAAGUAUGCUAUUCCUUUAUUUCGCCGAUCAUAAAAAUCCUUUUUGUAGCGAUUUUUGCCUGUUAUAUGAGCCAUGCUAUUUCAUAAAUGCAGCGUUUACGUUUAUAAAGGCGUUGUGGUUUUGCAAUUUCAUUUAACUUUGUAUAAAGGUCCCUGUUGUUUAUUAGUGUUGGAAUUAGAUUUCUUCGACACAUUUCAUAGCAAUAUUGUCGAGGUCAGUCUUCUACAUGUAUUCUACCAGGCGAAUAUUCAUUCUAUAAUCCAUUGUAGUAAGGCUGUUUAUUGUUUGGUCAGAAACUUAUGGUUAUAUUGAUGGUAGAUUGGUUUUAUGAACGCUGACAACGCAAAUAUUCUUGGUGAAUAAAUCACCUUUUCAUCGAAUGGCCAAUUAACAAGUCAAUUUCUCUGCUUGUUAUUAUUAUUUUAAUCACUCUGCAGUAUAGCAUAUUUCGUUUUAAGUUAGUUAUAAGAUAUAAUUUCCCAAAGUUCUCCUUUCCCCUUUCAUUAAGGAAAUUACAGGACACGAUAUAUUUUCCGAUUUUGUGGUCUCCAAAUUCUAGAAAAGGAUAGCAAACUAUUAUAACUGAAUUGAAUUCAUGUGUUUGAAACGCUGCUCUUGACCGUUCUUGUGGAACAACAAGAAUAAAAUGAAGUGAAUCUUGGUAUUUAGUCAGUUCUGUGAUCCGUUAAAAAAGAUUUCUUUAAAAUUAUGAGGCCUAAAAAUUGGUCAUAAUCUUUAGUAAAAAGAAAAUUUAAGCAAUUUACGAUUACAUCAGGACAAUUAGUUGGCUUUCUGUUGGUAACUGUGAAAGACAACCCAAUAUCUGAAAGCGGUACUGCAGUUAUCUAAUGCAUAAUUAACACAGCCUUGAAGGUCCAGCUAAUUAACUGCAUUCUACAAUGAGUAUUCACUGAUGACAAGUAUUGGAUAUAGUUUUCAUGUGCGUUCAGUAGAUUUGGCUCUCUUGGACUGUUGGUUUUAAUUACUGUGCAAAUAAGAACAAAGUGGAAAGCUGAACAAGUUCAAGUAUCACCUCUCCACUUGGUGGUGAUCAAGUCAUCGAUCACUGAGCAUAUUUUAAUUUUAUUGUUGUUCUGGUUUGUGCCCUUGACAAAAGCAAAUAUAAAUAAUCAGAAGCGUUUAUCUCUUUUAUUUAUAUUGUAUGGGGUAGAUCCAAUGUCCUCUGCAUCAUGCUAUGUGGAAGUGCCAUUAAAGGGAAAGUAAACAAUACUGUUUAACCACUGACAAUCUUUUUCUGCUUCAAAGAACCUUUGGUCAUAAAAUUUUCAGCUUUCUUUGCAACUGAGGCUUUUCUUUCAGUGUCUGUUUUAACUGUUUUAACCCUAAGAUCAAAAUUUGAAUUCUCAUUUGUUGCCCCUAUUCAUUUUCUACAGAAGUAGUGGGGAGAAGGUUAUAAAAUAUCAAGCAAAUUCAUCUUGUGUGAUCAUGUCCGUAAUUCUCUUGACCACUCUGUUUUACAAAGCUUUGAUAUUACAAGGAGAAAUUUGAUGCUGAUCACUCUCAGGGCUUAAAGGGUUAAACAUGUGUUAGUUUAUUAAAGAGACAACAAAGCAACAUUUAGUUCAGCGUUUUGUCGAUAAUGCAAUUUAAUUGUGAGCUAUAAUGGUCUUCAUAGCAACUUAAGUUACAAACCCUAAAGGCUUUUGCAGUGUACUCCAUUUUGCAGACUCUAAUGAUUACUCUACAUGUAGCUAACCAUUUAAGCCCCACUAUCCCUUUAAGUCCCAAUAGUGACCAAGAUCACUAACCAUACACUGUGAUCUGUUAUCAAAUUCUCUCAACUAAUUCUUUAUGGAAAUGUAUGGAGAUCAGUUUGGAGAAUUUGUAUGUGGAUACUGGGGCUUAAAGGUUGAUCCACAUACAUUUUCUCCAGACUGAUCUUCAUACAUUCGCUGACAGAAUUAGUCGCAUGUUUCCCGUGGUAAGAUAGAUAGAUAGAUAAUUUUUAUUUCAACAUUUGGAUUUAAAGAGUAGCAUUGCUGCUAGUAUCUCCGAGUGAAAAGAAACAAAACAAAUUAAUAAAAUAAUCAAGUACAAUCAAUGGUAAUCAUUUUAAUUAAUUCUGGUAACCUUUUCUCUGGAUGAUGUAUUGAUAUUCUUACGAGAAAAUUAAUGUUAGUCACUCACGGGACUUAAAGGGUUAACAUAACUGCUAAGUUGGUACACCCUGGGCUGUGCUGUAGCUGUCAGCCCAGUGGUCCCUGGUAGCUUACUUUUACACUGGAUAAGUGACUUAGAAAUCUUAGUUUUUAUGGCAGCAAUAGCCUGUGCACCCUGGACUUUUAUUAUUAUCAAAUAAACACCUUCACAAAUCUGCCCAUCAUUAUCAAGAGUGUGUUUUUCUUUCCGUCUCUCCCAAUGGUUCCAAAUACAUUUGAAAGUUAAUUUACAUUUUUACCUUGUAGAUCUAAAGAACUUAUUAAAGAUGCAAUUUUGGACAAUGAUUUCCUCAAGAAACUGGAAGCAUCCCAAAUUCGUGAAGUUAUGGAGUGUAUGUAUGAGAAGAAAUGCAAAAAAGACGAAUAUGUCAUCAAGGAAGGAGAACAAGGAUCUCACCUUUAUGUUCUGGAAGGUAACUUAAUUAGUUAUUAAACUAUUUGAACAGUAGGCCAUUUCCUAGUUAUUCCUAGCCUCUUGCCUUUCUUAAGGGAAAGUGCAAAGUCUUUGAUAUGAAAAAAUUUUGGAUUCUGAUGCAGAUAAAGGUUUUUUCCGCCUUAAAAGGUUUUGUCCGCGGCCCCAUUUGAAAGUGGGGCUUUCCAGAACCCAGAAAGGGCGUCCCUGUUACCUAAGUCUUUAACAAAAUGAUAUUCCAUGGCAGGAAUUAUGAUCACAGAAAUAAGGGACAUUCCAAAUAUUUUUGUUGCCUGAUUUUAACCCUUAAAUCUCUAGCAGUGACUAGAGUCUCCUUCACACUAAUCUUGUUCAUGAAGGGUCUAGAGAACAGUGUGGACAGCUUGAAUCACUAACCUUCAAUUUCAAAGACCACAUUGUGCUUUUGACUACAACAUAGUGCUCCUUAAUUGACUACUUGAUUAAAAGUCAAUGUUGUUUUUCCAAGACCAGGGUAAUGUAAUCCAAACAUUGUUUUUUCUUGUCACAGAUCAAUGAAAAGCUUUAUUGUCACAUUAAUCAAUGAUGUCUGUCUUGCUUUUGUUGUUGCAUUAGCCUUUUUAUUGUGGUCAAAGAAAAAAAUCUCUAAAAACAUCACUACAAAAGUUCUGCCAAAGAGCUUUCAUUUAAAUGGCAACACCACAGGAUUUUAUCCCAGAUUUAAAAUAAGUUGCAGUCAGUGAUGAAUAAUCUUUACUUGAUGUGUUCAAGGUGAAAGAGGUAAACAAAUAACUGUGUAUGAAUCAAUUUUUUCUUCUUUCCAGAUGGCAAAGUCAAAGUCACAAAGGAAGGAGCUGUACUGGGCCAAAUGGGCCCUGGCAGAGUUUUUGGAGAACUUGCCAUUUUGUACAAAUGUCCAAGAACAGCCAGCGUGAAAGGUAAAUUUGUCUUUAUAAAUCUGUUAAAUAAUUAAUGUAGAUAGCCAGGCUCUCUUUAAGGCUUGAGUAUCCAAAAGACUUGGCUAUUACAUGACUUUUAGUAGCUCAGUCUUUUGGAUACAUUGUAGUGGUAUACAAACGUGUACUUAUGUGUGUCAGCCAUAAGAAGAGUCCAACAGUGAAUGCACUGUUCUUAAUUUGAUGGGUUUCUUUUCUUAUUCAAGUGAGGAAUCUGUUGAGCUCGAAGGGGGAAUGGGAGGUGGCUACAGCCCAUCUUGCAGGCCCACCCCCUGUACAGGUCCACUUCCCUCCUUUUGAGGGUUAGCGUAGGAGACUUGACGAACCACUGAUUUGACCCACAGGGAUUCCUGUAUAGUGUCUGAAACUAUAUCUGUAAUAACCUCAUUAUACCUUAUUGGUGAAUGUGAAGUGAGCCCAGUGCCUUUAAGCUAAAACACUUUGGGUGCCAAGAUUUACUACACACCCAAGUUCAAAAGAAAGGCUGGCAGGGCCACAGGGAUUUACCCUAGGACAUCUAGGGUGCCAAGAUUUCCUGUUUACCCAAGAGCAAGAGAAAGGCUGGCAGGGGCCACAGGGCUUCACCCUACGACAUCUAGAGUGCCAAGAUUUCCUAGUCACUCAAGAGCAAAAGAAAUGCCACCAUUAGGGGCCACAGGGGCUUACCAGAUCACAGCCCAGUCAUUGCGUUAUAAUAAAAAAUUUAAACAUCAUUAAGGCUUUAGCAGGCAGUAUGUCAAACUCUUCUGUAAUGGUUUCUUUUUCAGCUGAGACUGAAGUUAGGAUGUGGGCAAUUGACAGACAAACAUUCCAAACAAUAAUGAUGAAGACAGGAAUGAUGAGGCAAAAGGAACACAUGGACUUUUUGAAGAGGUGAGGCAUUAUUUGCAUAAUUGCUUUCACAAACCAUAUGUCACUUUCAUCAAACCACAUUUACAAAGACACUUACGACCAGAGACAGUCCCAAAUUAAUGGAGGUCUGUGUUAACUAAAACGCUUUCUAUCUGUCUCAGAACUGACCGGCCUAACCAUUCCUGUUGUAAUGAGAUUUUCAUUUUUAAUCAAAACUAUCGAGCUAGAUCAGUCAAAUCCUAAAAACUAUUGACAAAGGAGAUGGUUUUUUUUAGCAACAACUCUUGGAAAAAGCCUUUCUUAUUGGUACUUAAUUUCGCAAAGCAGCUAGGACAUGACAAUCAGAAAACUAAGCAUCUCUAACUUAAAAAUAAGGCUGUAGUCACUAUUAGUCCCUGCUUUAAAUGGAAACUCAUUAAAUAGACAACAGACACUUUUUUCUUGCGUAAUCAACAGAAUUUCAAGGAACUUAUCUCAACAACACAGACAUUCGUUAUUCAACAGCGUGUUCUGUAUAUAGGCUUUACAUUUUCAUGUGAAAGUAACAAAACCUUGGAAUGACAGCAUAUUGAUGUUCACAAAACUAAUUGCAUGAGAUAUCACAAAGACGUCAAUUACUGAGAAUUUUGCAACAGAUGACAACUAUAACGUAGUAAUUCUAUUACAUAAAAUAACAAUUCAAAGAACAUGAUAACGGAAAAGUGUGCAUCCUGUGAAAAGGCCCUGCUUCCAUUUAGUAAUAUGAACAAACAUCCCAACAGACUGAACGACAGUAACAGUGCUAGUAGUGUAAAUUAUUAUUAUUAUUAUUAUUAUUAUUAUUAAUAUAAUUAUUAAUGGUAUUAAAUAUUAUUAAUAUUACUAUGUCUUCCCUGGGGUUCUUACAGUCAAGUAACUAAUAAUUUUUAACCUCUUUAUGACCCAAGGACUGGACGGCAAAGAGGAAAAAAAUGACGCACUAAUCAACAAUCAAUUCCAACCAAGGGAUAAUAGAUGAAUUCCCUGAAUAACUAAUAUAGAUACUACAGGGACACAGGGAAGCAAGGAACGUACCUGAAAAAUGAUAUGUAGUUCACUGUAACAUUAUCACCAGUCAGUGCAUCUUGUUCAUUAGGUCCACCAUCCAUACAUUCCAUAAUCACUGUCCAAUGCUUUUGAAUAACUUUGCGGUAUUCUCUGGUUUUUUAGUGUUCCACUUUUGAAGGACCUUCGUGAAGACAUACUGUCAAAAGUUGCUGAUGUCAUCGAGGAGGUAAAGUUGCUGUACUUUGGCUGCCAAAAAAAUGAUCAAAAUUAAUAUUGUUCUUUGUCUAAAUUAUUAGUCCAUGCAUUUCAGUUCAAUGAAUGUAUUUCAAAUAAUUUUUGUCCAUCCAACUGAUCAGAGGAUCUACUUUACUGCAUAAGUCUUACAUAUAUUAUGUUAACUACAGGUAUCUUAUGAUGAAGGAGAGUAUAUCAUACGCCAGGGUGCCAGAGGAGAUACUUUCUUCAUCAUCAAGAAAGGAAAGGUACUAACUCAUUCAAGUCUUUAAACCCUAAUAUCAAAAUUUCAAUACUCAUUUAUUGUCCAUAUACCUUUUUAGAAGUACUGGGGAAAAUUUGUUAAAGUAUCAAUAAUAAAUAAUAGAUUCAUCUUCUGUGAUGAUGUCUUUAAUUCUCAUGACUACUCUUCUCUAUAAAGCAUUGUUGAUAUUACAAAGAGAAAUUUUAUGCCAAUCACUCUUAUGGCAGUGCUUGCCCGUGGCAACUACUUGCCUGUCUUAGGUAAUGAUUUAGUUGGAGGAUGACUUGCCUGGGCCGUCGCAUAUCGGGCAAGUGAGCUUUAAGCGUUACUUUCCCAACAAGAAAAACUACUCGUCCCGGACUGCUGGACCGGACUUUUUUCAUGCCCCGUUAGGGCUUAAAGAUGUGCCAUUGAAAAUUAAUUUAGAGAUGGCUUGUAUCCAUCCGCAAGCUGGCUAAUAAGGCUUCCAGUAGAUGACAGCCCUCCAACAGUAUCACUCCCUUGUUGAGCGCAUAACUGCACGCACAUCUUAAUGUCCUGAUAGUGACAGUUUUUACAAAGGAACAAAAUGCAGCUGUAGUCAUUAAACAAUUCAAGAGAGAAUGCAUAACAUUGAAAUGGCUGCAGCUGGCUCAAAGCAAUCAGUUUGGAGCUGCAACACCUGUCAUGCAUUUCACAAUUUUUGUGCUGUAGACAGACGUACAGCUGUACAUUGAAGUGUCUAUUAUCGGCCCGAUUAUCAGCUGUUGCUUGCGAAAUGAGCCGGAGCUCCUCCCCCAAACAGACGGCUGGACGCAUGAGUUUGCUAUCGUCAAUUACCAACAAUCAGCUCGUUGCCUGCUCAAAUGGAGUAGGCAGCAUAAAUUUACUUUCCUGAAGCAGAUUUUAAACAGCGGAUGCAAAGGUGUUGUUUGAUUUUGCAUGCGAUCGCGUUUUAGAGCAUUUUAAGCUAAAAAACCUGAAAUAUUGCCAAAGAAAAGUGUUAGCUUAAAAACGUUGGUAAAUGGUAUGCUUUUGAAAUUCAACCAACCGUAUUUAUUAAUAAUUAUUUUUCAGUCUGCAUCGGUGGUGGUUGACAGCUAACGUGAAAGAGACGACUGUCAAGUCCAUUUCUGUUGUAAUUUCUCUCCAAUUUCACUUCACUUCGCUAAUGCUAGAUCAAUGUAAAUACCAGUACGUGUUUCUGCUGAUUUUUAUGGCGAAUACCAAAGUGACGAAGAAGCAAGUUUGGUAUUUAAUGACAUCUCCCAUUUCCGGCAUUUUGUAUCUGUGCAUAAACCAAAUUUAGGUCACAGACAUGAUAGGCCACUCACACGUCCAGCUGUCUCUUCUUGGGGAGGACCAAGAGAGCAGAGGAAAUCGAGCCUAUGUCUAUUACGACCUGUUGGUUUUUGGCAUAUCUUAAUGCUAAUUGUUCGCUGUGAAUUAGAACCCUGGGACAUAAUCAUGUAGCUCUUCACAUAGCUGGAUACAGACUCUUGUACGUUUUCUUUUCCCACAGGUUAAUGUUACUCAGCGAACUUCAGUUCAUGCUGACCCCAAGCAUAUACGCACUCUGCAAGGAGGAGAAUUUUUUGGAGAGAAAGCUCUCAAAGGGUAUGUUUAUGUUUAUGUUAAAUUUCCUGUAUUUCACAGAUUAGUCACAGGGAUGUCCAGGUGAUUUCAAGAUUUUGCAACAUUAAGUACCCAGCUGGGUCGAAUCUUGCUUUAAUAUUUCUAUAUAAAGUUUUUCUGUCAGUCCUGCUUGAAUUACAGCCUUAUUCUUUUUGUAAAUGUACCCUAGAUUCAUAUUAAUACAGAUUCUGAUCAAAAGUUUUUUUUUACAAAUAUGGCUGCGAUGUUUCACCUACUUUAACUGAACCAUUUAAUGUUGAGAUCUUAAACUUUUGAGACCUGCUUACAACUUAACAAUCUUACAUGUAUAACGGUGCACCUUUCAUUAGCAAUGAUGCUUGUAAAAGGCAGCUCAAUGGAAAAUUCUUGGUAACUUCAGAAAUUUCAUUGGUGUCUGCAGGCAAUUCUGUUAUGACCACUGAGUAUGUCAUAUCCACGAAAUACAUGUAGCCACUUACAAGAAGCGUAUAGAAUGGUUUUAUUAACAUUUUACCUUUAACUACUAUUUUGUUUGUUUUGUUUGGCAGAGAGGAUUUGCGGACAGCCAAUUGCAUUGCAGGCAAAGGAGGUGUUGAUUGUUUAGUGUUAGACAGAGAGUAAGUAUACAUAAUAAAAGUUUUUACGAAGCUUAAGAGAGAAAACCAUGACAGGACUAGCUCAUUCAGUAGAGCACAUGAGAGCAGAGCCAUAGGCCACAUGUUCCAUUCUCAGGAUUGGACUAAAACAAAGCAUUUUAAAAUACAGUGGAGCCUCAGUAUAAUGAACCUCUAUAUAGCGAAGUCCUCAGUAGAAAAAAACGAUUCUGUUUAUCCCAGUAAUAGUAAAAUAUAUCGAAAAGAACCUCUUUAUAAUGAAACCUUAUUAUAGCGAACAAAUUCUGCCACUCUCUUGGCACCUCAUUAUGUUGAGGUUCCACUGUAGCAUGAGAAAUGAAGGCACUGUCUUUGCUUUACAAAUGGCUAGACCUUCAUGGGGCCUGGAUGAACACAAAAAAAAGCCAGUCCCGUCUGAGAAGGAGAUAAAAAUGUUUUCCUCAAUAGUAGUACUUUCAUGCAAAAUACAGUAACACUCAAAUAAAGUACAUUUUUGUCACCAAUAACACUCUUUUGCACAGUACCAACAGAAAAUCCCCUGGCAUCUUGCUCAGAUGCAGCCUUUGACCUUUUCUGUACUAUUAUAACAACUGACUGCUAAAAAUAGAUUGGAUUGGAUUGAUUCUAUGCUUGUGUUGAAAUUAGGAUGGGUUGAUGAUAGGUCUGUUAAGAGGCAAACUUGGAAGGACGCUCCCCAGAUUUCAGAUCUGCAAACACCUACAUUUCUAAAAUGUAUCUGUCUGCAAGAUAAGUCUGUCUUUUUGGGGGAGUUUCAAUCAUUUCAGUACAAAAAUAUUCUUAAAAACCAUAUGGAUUUGGGGACACCAUAAAGCCGUAAUAAAUAUUGCAAUAUUGUUAUGGUAUUCAACAGGUGUGGAUUUUAUGCUAUUAUUUUAGGCUUAGUAAAUAGUUUGAUUUAAGAGCUAAAAUAAUGAACUCACAAUGUAUAUUUCAACCCAUAAGAAAAUUAGGAGCAUAUCACUGUACACUUCAAGUAAUUUUAUCAUUGUAAUCAUAUGAAAAAGCAAAAUGAUCCAAAGUUUGACCAGUAUUAUUUUGUAUCACUCUUUACAGAGCUUUUGAAGCAUAUAUUGGUAGUUUAGAGGACAUGAAAACAGACAAAUAUAGUGAUGAGAAAAGAGGAGUAGAGCCUCAGAUGCUCAGGUAACAUUAACUUGUCUCACCCCAAUAAAAUAUUACUUACAUUAGUUGGGGCAUAUGCUACAUCUGGGGUUGAUUAGGUCAUUUCCGAAUCACCUAAAUUACAGUAAGCCUUGUUUUUAAAGCCAGUCUUGGUGCUAAUUCUUUUGUGACAUAUCAAAUUACUUGAAAUAUUUCAUGCAUACCCAAAUUAAAUCACCUGAAUGGUUGAAUAACAGGCCCAGCUUUGAUUAAGUGGCUGUGUGCAACUCGAAAUGGGCCUUUGGAAUAGGCUUUGAUAUUCAAUACAUGUAGUUGUUUUUAAGAGGCUGGUGUGAAAUAAGUGACCUGUAAAAUCCCUAUGCAUGAGAGGGAGUGCAUUUACCAAACAUGUUUCACUAUUUUAUUUUUAAGACAUGACUAAAUUUCUUCAUGAUGUUGUUUUAAUUUUUAAUUUAAAUUUUUGGGAUCACAACACCUAAAGGGUGAUCAUUACUUCAAUUACUUAGAAAAAUACUUUUUUGAAAGAAACAUUAUUACUGGGUAUAUGUAGUAAAAGUAAUUUUAAUUCAAAUUUAAUUUGGAAUAAGCUUGUUUUUCAUUCGUAAGCUCUAAACAUAACAUUUUCUUUGUUUCUGACUUGAGCAUUUCAAUUUUACAUCUUAAAAACUGUUACCUGUAAAGAUUUUUACGACAUAAUUCAUACCUUGUAGAGACCCAUAGCAUCAAGACUAUUAUUAAUUAUUGUUAAAUAAUAAAGUGUUUAAUAAGGAUCAAAGUUAGGGAAUCUGAUAUUUUUUGAAAUUCAUUGUCACAAAAAUUCUUGUUUUAUUGACAAGGGCCAUAAUGAAUCUACAGAUAAUGCUGCGAAAAAUCUUUUUUUAUACAUUCUUAAUUAUUUUUACAGUAUUAGAGUAAUAUUACCUGAACCACUAACUGCACCUAAAACUGACCAACUUUAAUUUUAUAUCAGUUUAAGUCUGAACAUUUUUCUUUUCUGGCAGCCAACUUAUACAUUAUUAUUUUUGUUCCUUAUAACCCCUUAACCACAUAGAAUGAUCCAAGAAAUGGAAAGGUUGGUACACAAAUUAACUGUUCUUACACAAAUAUAAAAAAAUGAAUUAAUUCCAAUGUUCAUUUUUAACACAUCUGAAGCACUGAAAUAUCAGUUUGAUAACAAAAAUAACAUCAAUUUUCAUUUUAAUUAAUAACCAUUAAUAACUACCUUGCAAAAUAAACCUAUCAUAAUUCAAAGGUCAAUGCUGUAAAAUAUAUUUAAAAUUAAUUUAAAAUUUUGGAAUAAACAUCAUGAUAUUAUUGUAAUCAAUUUUACAUGCCUGGUAGGCUCACAGAAAAAGGCAGGUGGUUAGCAGCCUGCAAUUAUUGAAAGUUUAUGUGCAUUUGGGAGAGUUGACACUGCUCUAUCCGUUCACUGUACGACUACUGUAGUUCAGCUGUACCCUAAAAAUCUAUCAUUCACAAUGUACAUGUUCAAGCCAUCUUUGUACUAAGCAACCCCAGCUUAUAAGGAUACUCAAUGCUGUCCUGUUUUGCAGCAUUAACAGAUAAAUGUUUAGGUUUUUUCUACUUUUUCUUUUGUAAACUUGAAGACUGCCUUGACCGUUUCAAUAUAGCCCUACAAAAUUCUGCACAAAGCACCUGGAAAGUUUUCUAUGAACAAAUUUUUCCAUUUUGAAACUGCGUCCCCCAAAAAAAAAUAACAAAAUAAAAUAAAUAAUAAUAAUAUUAACAGAUAAAACUACUUUUUAUUUUGUAAACUUUUUGAAUGUACACAACAAGUUUUCUAUGACUUGUUUUGUAUAAAAAAAAUAAAAUAAUAAAAUAAAUAAUAAUAAUAUUGGAAACUUUAUUUUGUGUUUUUGAAUGUACAAUUGUAAAUCUCGUUAUGGUUAGGCAAUUUAAAAAAGCUGCUUGAGAUUGGAUUAUUCAAAAAAAAAAAGACAGAGAGAAAAAAGAAAAGAAAAGAAGUCAAAAUUGCAUUAAGUCUGUUCUAUCCCAAUUCCUAUUUCUACAACAAAAUAUGUAACAUGUUGCUCUAAUGGCUAUAUUUAUCAUUUUCUUGAUUAUAUAAAGUUGCUGCUUUUUGUCAAUGCCAAUGUCAUUCAUCUUGUCUAAGAACGUGGAGCAUUCAUCGAAGAAAACGCCAAGGGAGCUCAUGGAGAGAUUAACAAAUUUCACAAAUCUGUAAUUUCUACUCAUUUCUUUGAUCAGGAUCAGAUAUUUUUCUUUUUUUACGCCCUGCAUUGUCAUUAAGGUUAGACUCGAAACCAACCAUUAAUUCUAGAACAUAUAGGCACUUGGACUGGAUUGGGAAAAGAAGAUCUGGACGAUAAUUUUCAUUAGUUAUUAUUGAGGGAUUCAGGAAACCAUUAACAUCUGCAUAGAGUGAAGAGUGAACAUUAAUUACGGGUUGAAGUGACUUGGCAAUGAAGUUACCCUGGGCAGUACUAAUAGCCCAAAGACUGGUGGGACCAAGUAACUGACUAAAACAAUUAAAAUUAUAAAACAAAGAAGGGUUUAGAAUCACAACUGGCCGGAGGCAAACCAAUUAGCCAUUUACCAGCAUGGCGCUAGGGAAUGCUAUGAACAAAUUCAGCUAGCAUUCAGGGUGGGACUUGAAGUUGACGCUCUGGGAAGCCCUGCAAGUCUAAAGCCCUAAAUACUUGGCCAUGCUGUCUCCUACAUUCUGUCUCUUGUCUCCUGAAACUUGUUAAGUAUUCCCCUUUACACAAAUAUGUGUUCAAGUGUAAAAUUAUUUUGCCAAAGAAAACUUUCUCUUGUAAAUGGGGCUUAAGUAAGGUCAAUGGUUCAAAAAUUGUUGACAAUUUCUUAGGCUUUCUUGGUUGAUCACUGGAUUUCCUCACUCGACUUUAAAUGUGACUAGUCAACUUUAUGCAGGAUAUCCAUGUCACACAAUAUUAACUGUAUGCUUUUGAUGCAUAAGACUAGAGGCAACCCACUUUGAGAAUUUUGUAGGGUUUCUAAUAAGAGUUUAGUAUAAAUGUUGUUUGUUAUGUUUAACAACAGGUGCAUUAUAUAAUGCACAUGAUUUUCAGGAAACGUCAACCAUGCAUCAAAAGAAACUUGUCAUAGAUUGUUAUAAUCAGUGACCAGAACACCAGUCAAAUCAAUCAGAAUCAUGCAAUAAAAUAAUAUAAGAUGGUAUAUAUUGUCACUAUUUUAAGUUUUGUGCAUGUACAUGAUUUAAAGUGAUUUUUUUUCAGUCGCACAAAAGCAGAGCAGGAUGAGUUUGCCAAAGUGAAUUUAAGGGAUCUUUCAAUAAUUAAGACCCUUGGUGUUGGAGGUUUUGGACGUGUAGAACUGGUGAGUGUUUCAUUUGUCUGUUUGAUGUUGACAGCCACAAUUGCUUGCUUUAGCUAGGUGUACAUGUAUCUAUAUAUUAUACUUUGUACUCACUAACUGUCUUCUCUUUGGCUAAGAGCUUAUAGUUAAUUUUGGAACUCAGUGCUUCCUACAGAUUCGUGGCUGUGCUCUAGCACGGGGAGGCCCCUGGCACGUAACUUUUGCUCCUGGUUACUAGAAAAUCUAAUUUUUUUAGAAAAAUCAUAUGCUGGGCAACCUGGAUUUCACUGGUUCAAAGCACUGGGCACCUGUAAAAUUUGGCUAGAGUACAGCCAUGUGAUUAGUUAGUUAUUUGCGAGCAGACAACUGACUUAUCUGUAGGUUGCAUGUGCAAAGCCUGAUUUCCAACAGCAACUUCAAACUGUGUUCAUUUGGAAGUAUGUUUGAGGUUAUUUUCCUCAAAACAAUUUAUAAUUAAACAAUUCUUAGAUUUGGUUUUUGUGAAAUGUGCAAUAACCAAGGUCUCGGUGACUGUUAUCGGUCUUGGCUGAUGACUCUUAUAUUGACCUGGAUUAUCUAGGAUAUCACAGAGACCUCAUCCAAUGUUACUAACACAUAAAUAAUUAGAAAAGCCAGCAUUUGUUCCUACAAUUGUUGUCAACUUCAAAUUUCUGAAUUUUUUUUUCAGGUUCAACUUGCUAAUGACAAGAGAACAUUUGCACUAAAGACUCUUAAGAAACACCACAUUGUUGAAACAAGACAGCAAGAACACAUCAUGUCCGAAAAGAAAAUUAUGAUGGAAGCCAACUGUCCCUUCAUUGUUAGGUAAGAGACAAAUCAUUUUUUAGCCUUUUGAGAAAGUUUAUAAUACCCUUAAUGGCCUUAGCACAAUAAUAUAGGGUGCGGUUAUACUAGCAGUUUUACCCAUGGGCAAAUGGCUGUUGCCCACAGAGAAGCAACUGUUUUUGUGUGUCCAAUUUUCCAAGGUGAAAGUGACACGGGAAAAUUUCCAUAGAUAAAAAAAUAUAUCUAAUUAUCCUCUCCCCUUAGGGAGCUUUUCAGGGAUAAUGAAAUAAAUACUUCAAACUGAACAUAACAAGGUUUAGAAUCCCACCUGGCAGGAGGCAAGCCAGUUGGCUAUUUUACAAGUGUGGCUGAUGAUUUGAACUCGGUACUACUAAGAACAAACCCAGCUGGCGGUCAGGAUUUCGAGCACUGCUGUGAAUGUUUUCACGACUAAAAAAGUCAAAAGCAAAUUGGAACAUGCAGAAGUUUUCUCCACAACAGUGGUCGAAAAUUCGGUCCAGAAGAUGUCAUUGGACCCGAUUUUGAGGACCCUUAAUUUGACUAGUCAGUAGUGGGUGACAAUUUGCCUUUUUUAAGCGCAAAUUUAAUUUAUUGAUGUGUGCGUUUUUUUUAUCAAAGGGUAAAAAUGAUCGAAAACGUUUUACAAUUUAGUCAGUGUCAGUUAGUUUUUUCAGUGUUUACAAGGACUUCAAGUUUGAGUUUUUUUUCCUCUUGGGCAAUUUUGUCGCUGUGUAGCCGCAAAAAAGAAAGUGAUCAAAACCAAAAACGAACUUAACCCAAGCUAGACUUCCCAAGGGCGUCAAGGGCAGCUCUAGUGAUCAUGAUGGACCUUUUAUAUCUAGCAACACUUUAUUAUUAGGCAGAUUUGUUCAUCGAUUAAUUUUUCUUUCUUUGACUAAACUGGCUUAUUUGCUUCCGUUUUGUUUCUACAGUUAUCUCUUUUCUUACAAGCUUAAUUUAACCUGCAGACUAAGCAUUAGCGAGGAAAUUAAAUUUUAAAAACAAGCCGUAAUAGUACUAAAAGUCCAAUGACUGCAGAGAAAUUCGCGUAAAAGUCCAUCAAACAUUGCACCUCGAUAAAAUUAUGAUUUCACGACCGUUGCGCUUACCUCAAAAAACAACCCUCUUGCCUUUUUCCAUUGUUUUGAGUCGUCAAAGUACAACUUUUUCGUGGGAGCCCAAAAAAUUGUUCCUGCCAUUCCUGCGGGUAAUCGUCGUGACGAACGUCGGAGUAGUAUUAGCCAAUCAGAGUAUCGCAAGAACACUCAUCAACUCACGAGCAUGCCCCGAGGUGGAGGGCUCAGUAAUUCGUUUCUUGGGGAUGGAGAAAGUUAUUGACGGCAAAGGGUGAUGGAGAGGCGUUCAUUUUUUCACAUAUGAUUUGUCUGUUGUUGUUUCAGGUUAUAUAAGACAUUUACGAAUAAUAAAUAUCUCUUCAUGCUUUUGGAAGCUUGUCUAGGCGGUGAACUUUGGACCAUUCUCAGAGACAAGUAAGUCAUAAAUCAAAUACAAGGAGCCCCUCUUUCUCAUUAUAUGAUAUUCUUGGAUAAAACCAGUAUAAAUGCAGUAAUUUCAUAGACUGUAGCCCUAAGAUCUUUGUCAAAAAAACGUUCUCGCUUCAGGGGAUCAUUUGACGAUGGAACCACGCGCUUCUAUGUAGGAUGUGUUAUAGAAGCAUUCACGUAUCUGCAUGAACGAGGCAUCGUGUACAGGGAUUUGAAGGUUGGUAUUCCUUCUUUGUAUUUGCUGUGUUUCUUUGCCUUUUUGCCGGCUCACUCUCGGCUUAGACGGAGAUUCGAGGAGUUUAUGUUAGGGGAAGGGGUCUGCAAAUAUAGAAAUAUAUUUCUUGUCUUUUGCGUGCGCAGUUAAAAUGUUUAGCGGCUUUCGCUAGUGUCUCUGAGAACUUCAUUGUGUACGACGUACAAUAGACCGGCCUCUGUUUUCUUCUACAUUUUUGCCUUGUUCUCUUACACCCUCCCGAUUUUAUUAUAUAUCCUGUUUUUCGGGGUAAUAUUUUCCUGGCUUUAUGGUGGCUCUCUUGCGGGACAGAGCUUAUUUUUUCCAAUUCAACCAACCCAUUUUUUGAUCUCUUUAUUUUUGUAGCCUGAGAAUUUACUUUUGGAUUCCAAAGGUUAUUGCAAAUUGGUAAGUAACAGAAGAAAACGAUUUGUCUCUAACCCUUUUUGAGCUUUUAUCAAAUUCUCUCAACUAACUCUUUGAGGAAAUGUAAGGAGAUCACUCACGAGAAGUUGGGUGCGGAUACUGAAGCAUCUCGCCCCAUUUAAUUUCGUAUUGGUUCAUUAUCUAGCAGUCUAAAAAUGCUGAAAUGCCAUAAUUUGGAAGUAUACUGGCAUCCGUCACCCAAGAAUAGAAAAAUUUAAUUUACUUAAACUGAUACUAACAUUUUCCACAAGUGAGUGCUCUUGAGGUUGCUCUUGAACACUCCAGUAGCCAAAAUUAAAAACUAUUUUAUUAAUAAAUUGGUGUGUCCCUUUUUGUCAAGGUUGACUUUGGGUUUGCAAAGAGAAUAGGAUUCGGAAGGAAAACCUGGACGUUCUGUGGAACACCAGAGUAUGUGGCUCCUGAAAUCAUUCUCAACAAGGUAACAGUGCUUGUGUAUGUAUGAAAUUCAUAUAUUCAUCAUUUCAUCUUCACCUCUCCCGAGUACAUUAUGAACCAAUUAACUAGGGACUUUAAGAUCCAACGACGGGACGGCGACAAGAACGUCGCUUCAAAAGUGAAUUUGCAUUCUUUCAGUCUUUGUAGCGAUUAUUCCUACCCACUUACUUUGUCAAUUGUAGGCGAACCCUCCUGAAGCUGAAUUUCAAGGGGCCAUAUUCAAGCUCAGAUAGAAAAAAAAAUUCGUCGUUGCUUGUUUACGUCCUCCAUAAAACGCGAAAUGAGGCAUUUUCACGUCGUAGUCGUGCAAAAACUGGAAAGAAAUGUACAAAAAGUGUGAUAUACGUGCGAAGUUGUUGUUUUGCUAAUUAAACCUAUUUUUUCUUUGACGUUCUCGUUCUUGUCCGCGUCGUUGGAUCUUAAAGUCCCUAUUAAUGACCAGGUCUCUGUGCUGGCUAGCUCAAUUGUUUAGCGCGCUGCACCAGUAUCGCAGAGGUCGGGGUUCGAAUCCUGGCAAACCUGAAUCUUUUCAGGCUUUCUUUUCGCAUAAGUUACGACUUUAUCUGCGAGGAUCUUCCUUACAUUUUUUUAGUUCUUGUGUUGAUUUAUCACAUGGUUCCUUUGUCCUGUUUUUGCAUAAGCACAGCAGUUCUCGUGUGCAGAUCUUUCAAAAGAAACGUGAGACAUGACUGAGAUCUUGAUUACAGAUUUAACGAUAGAAGAAAGUCUAAUUUUCAUGUACUGUCCUUUAGGGUCACGAUCUUUCAUCUGAUUACUGGUCUUUAGGAAUUCUUAUGUUUGAACUUUUGACUGGAAGGUAGGUGUUGUGUUAUUUCCGGCUUAUAUAUAUCAUAACCUCUCUGUGUUGUAACUUGAUUACCCCACAAAUUGUAGCCAAAACGUCAUUGAGGUGCGAUAGCUGUUUGUUCGGAUUGGCAUAUUUCAGGUUUUGAUUCUGAGUCUCCUCAGCCGAAGCACCGAUGUAUGUAAAAUCAGCUUAAAGGAGGGAUAUUUUGGGCUUAAAGCGGGGAGUGUUUCUAUGUUAAGUUGUUGUGCAUGGGCACCAAAGCACCUCUCCCUUAGCCCCCCACCCCUUGCUAGAACAUUUUUGGAAUCUUCUAUUUCUAAACUGCUAUAUAAAUUCGUCAUCACUAUCCUGGUCCCAAGCAAGGUUCUAAAUUACAUUUACCAUCCCUCCUUGCUAUUACCAUUAUUAUCAUUGUAUUAUCAUCAUCAUCAUCUUCCUCCUCCCCAUCCUCCUCCUCCUCAUCAUCAUCAUCAUUAUUAUUAUUAUUAUUAUUAUUAUUAUUAUUAUUAUUAUUAUUGCUUUGGCCAAAUGAACCUCUCGGACUUCGAAGCCGAUUCACGUAACCUGCCGCAUGGCGGGAAAAUAUAAGCCACUAACAAGUUUCCCGAGUUCUUCAAGGCAUUAAACAGAUUAUUAAAAGCGCGCGGUAGGGAAUGAACGCGACUUCCGGUGGUUAAUUUUCCGCUCUGCCAUGUUGGUCAAGGAGGUGUUUAGAUCUACGCGCCUAGCUAGUCGUCAUUAUUGUCGUGUUGUCUUUGCUAAAUCUGCCCAUGAGAGGCAGCUGUAUUUGCAGGCUAUUAAUUAAGGCAUAAAAAAGAUGUUUUGAGUAAAGUCUAACAAAGGUUCCGGUUUUUUGCUCCUCAGCCCCCCGUUUACUGGAUCAGACCCAAUGAAGACCUACAACAUUAUUCUCAAGGGAAUUGACAUGAUUGAGUUUCCACGCAAGGUCCUGAAGAACGCUCACGCCCUCAUUAAAAAGCUCUGUAGGUGGGUGUCAAAAACUGUCAGUGAGUUUUUGACUUAGAGCCCGAGUGGUCGUCCUUCUUUCCUCAGAGCCACGCUCGGCGAGCGAAACAGUAAAAUGAUGCAAAUUCUCGCAGCCUUCACUGCUCGCCUUUCAAGCGUGCUCUCGAUCCACUGUGACUCAAAAGUAAAAUUAGAGACUACUCGCAGACUAUUUUGACUUGACGUAACAACUGUUCACAGUCAGCUUGCUUUCCAAACCUUCGCUUUGGAAACUCUUUAUAGAGGCGGACUAUCCUUUUUUAGUUGAUAGAAACAAACUUUUGAGAACCACUGUUUGCUCUCUCCAACUCCCUUUGUUCCAAAGAUGUUUGCACACAGAUUUGCUUAGGGCGAAACUUGCGAAUGAAAAAGAAGUAUGCCCCCUCAUCAUCUGUCCCCUAUUAAGCUUGGAAUCACGCUGACUUCGACAAGGAACAUAGCGUCAGAAUUAAUCGUCUUUUGGGUCCCUUCGGAUGUAAUUGCUCGCUGCAUCUUCUUGAUCAUUUUUACAAUUAAGUGAACGCGUCGUCUUAACCGAAAGUUACCGCCCAACAGUGUUAACUAUGUUUUUUUCUUACGAUAUUGUGUUUAUUCAUGUGUCGGGUAGUGUCCAUGCAAAAAAAAACGCUACUACAUUUCUCAUUUUUACUUCAGAGACAACCCUACUGAGAGACUCGGCUACCAGAAAGGAGGUCUUAAAGACAUCAUGAAAAACAAGUAUGGAAUUCGACAUUGUCCUUUGCUUUGACUUACGCUCCAUCUUAAGCUAAGGGACAGUUAAAGAGCUACGCGCUUGAGAUGUUCCUACUCGAAAAAAAAAAACCAAAUUCGCUCACUAAGUUUCUUUAAUAAUGAAACCGAAGUAUACGGAUAAAAAUAAUAGAUUGUGCACACACAUGCAAAAAAUGGAACAACUUACUUAGUGUUGCAGAUCACAAUAUUACCAAUUUAGACAGUUCUUUUGUAUCUAUAGAUUUUGCAUCUGAUUUAAUCGCUUUAAGUUGUUUCAUCUAAUUUUUCAAGGUAAAAAUGAAGAAUCAACCAACACACUGUCCCAAUAAAUGUUCGGAUAAGCGAUAAGUCCAAAAUUUAAACUUUGUCCUUAUUUUUUUUAGGUGGUUUGACGGUUUUAACUGGGAAGGAUUAAGGCAGAGAAAACUUCAAGCUCCCAUCAUUCCAAAGGUUUGUUUAUUGAUUUUAAUUAUUGUUCCUCAGUUUCGCAUGCAGCCGCAACUCAGCGCAUUCUGGGGAAAAUAGCGAUCCAUCGAUCCAUCGCUCCCUUAUGCAAAAUUCGUUCAUAGUUUUUCUGACACUCCGGUCAGCGGUUUCCCCUUUUUUCUCUGCCCCUAGUACAGUCCCAGAAGUCUUUGCGAAAGUUAACUUGGCCCAGUCUCCUUGUCAAGUUCUCUGUUUACUCUUUGUUUUCAGAUCAAGUCUCCGACAGACGCAUCUAACUUCGACGACUAUCCUCCUGAUGACGAGACGCCUCCGGAUGACACUACCGGUUGGGACAAGGAUUUCUAGUUCAUAGUGUGUUCACCUCGCGUGAAUCUCUCAAUAAUCCAAUAGAGAGUUUAUUUUCUCAUUGUACAGAGCAAGGCAAAAGAGGGUCGUCCCAAAUUGUUUGUUUUUACUCCAGAGUUAGACAGUUUUCCUCGUUUUCUUUUACAAUGAGUAUCGUUAUUCAUUUCAUUUACCAACCGUUACCUUUCCUUUUCCAGUAGUUGUGGAGCCGAGCUUGCCCUAGUCCCUAGGCCUCAAUUGUCCGCUCGGUCUAUGCGUUUUGGGUCACGUGGACCGUUUUGAAUCACCGAAAUGCAUUGACCGAGAAGGCCUGGGAAGAUGCCGUACAGGGACUAGACAAGAGUCACGUGCUUCAGCUAAACCCAUGUCGUAACUUCGCAACUUAGCUUCUGAUAAAUUAAAGAAAAUGUUCUCUUCCUCUGUAGCUUCUACUGCGGUAACAUGAUUGUUCUACCCGCUAUAAAUUACAAAUGUAAAAGACAGCUAAUAUUUUUCCCAGUAAGUGUUUGACAUGAUCUACACGGGUUUUCAUCUUUUGUCGUUUCUGCAAAAUAUUUCUGUAUAAUUGUAUCAUGGGAAACCGACUGUCAAAUUUAGCAUCUGCUGUUUAAUGAGAAAUGAUAAUAGCAAUAUCGCAAUAUUUUAUUAUUAAUAAUAAUAACCGUCUGUUUGUUCUUUACUUCUCUGCCUGAGAGAGUUAAAUAACGGGUAUGCCGACAUAUAUUUAACAGUUUACUUGAAGGCUUCUGUGAUCACUCAUCCGUAAUGUGAAUAUUUGUGGAAAAUAAGUUUUGAAACAAAAAUCAAGGAUAUCAAAGAAACUUGGCGUUUCGAUGGCUUCCUCUCAUCAUUAUCAAAAGGUAAGAAAUUAACAUGAUUCGUGGAAAUAUAUAUGAAAGUGCGAAAAAUGCAUGUAAAAUUUAAGCGUGAAUGUGGACAAAUGACAAUUGAAUAAACAUAAAUGUAUCUCUAAAUGGAUUCUUAUAAGAAAAUUUGUUACAUCUGAAACAGCUUAGUUUCAGACUAGAGUCUGGCAAGUCAGAGAUUCAUCUUAUCUGUCCGAGCAACACUCAGUUGAGCAGUUUUAAAAAAGAUCGUUCUGUUUAAGGACACUGUACAAUACGGAGCUUGAUCACAAAAAAAGCAUGUUAAAAACUUAAAAUAGAGGGAAUUAUGGUCCCCAACCUUCUAAUCCCCGUGCAAACAAUCGCAACAUCGUUACAUGUUGCGUCCGUUUGAACACACUGUUGCAUGUUGUUGGGAGUUGUUGCGCAAAGUUUAACACCGGUCAAACUUUUGGAGCCAACAACUCCCAACAUUUCUUUUGUUCCGUGAUCGCCGAAGCGUAGCGCAACAAUGUUGGAAACGGUUGCACAGCUCUUCCAACAGUGUUGGGGUCCACCGCCGUAGCCAGUAUGAGGCGAACCGAGGCACUCGCCUCGGUAAAAUUUUACCAAAUACUGUCGAUUUUUAUUUUUUUUAUCAGACUGAUUCAUACAAAGUCGGUUUAUGGACGGCCCUGGGGUCACGCACGGCAUUACACAUGGUCUCCAUACAAAGUCUUAUGGAUUGUAUCGUUCCCACUAUGCACUGCAGGUCCCAACAAUGUUGGCAGUUGUUGCGUCCGGUUGCACGUAGCUUUAAGAAGUGUACGUAAAUCAAUGACAAUAAUACUGAUGAUAGUUCAGAGUUCUUUUCGCUCCGAGUUAACUGAUUCUCACACCUUCGGUGGUUGAAAUCUUGCGGCUGGCUUUCUUAAAUUGUUCAAACUUCGCGUAGGUGGAACUUGAAUUUCUUAAUACUUAAAAGUAGAGUGGGUGAUUUUUCCUGAAAUUGAAUUUUGGGGCUCUGUCGGAAGUGAAAGGAAAACUGAACUAAAUGAAAGUGGAUUGUGGGAGAUUCCCAUUCGACGAUUUGUUAAAGGAAUUUGCUUCCAUUCGUCAGAAGUUUGCUGAAUGGUUAAUGAUGUUACUUUUUAAAAAUUUAAUCUAUUUUUAAUAAAUAGGCAUUACGGUAAGCGAAAGUACUUCUACGAAGGGACUUUUUAUUAUUUUUUAUUUUCUAAGAUACCAACUUCAUGGCGUUUUAACGUCAGGGUACGCAUGCGUAGUUCAGUAUCGUGUGAAACUGAACGAACCCAAAAUCAUCAUGGAAGUGUUAAUUGCAAAGAAAUAAAAGUUACUACGAUCAUUUGGCUGCACGCGUCUCAAAAAGAGAAAUAUUUGACAUAUCACACUUUCAGACCCCAAAGCCCCUCUAUUUAAUUUGUUUACAAGAAGCGGCACUGUCAAUUAGAAAUAAAACUGAGUGCUGCGUUAUUUGAACCUCACUGGGUUUUUAAUCAAUAAAUUAGUAGUUUUAGUAAAUUAGUAGUUAGUUGCAGUCCAGUGACGUCUUCUAAAACCUUUCCUGUGAAAGUCAAAAUAGGGUUGACCAUCAGACUAGAAAUAGCCCGGAGAUUUAUCGAGAGAAAAACGACUAUUUUUACCGGUUCUUUUUAAAGUGUUCUUUUUUUUCAGUUUUUACUUCGUGAAUUUAACGGAUGUUUCAGAUAUCUUGACUGAACUUUUCCUUUAUUUCUUUAGAUUCUUUCUUUCUCUUGCUAACUCGAAUUAUACCACAGAUCUUCGUUCUCCCUUUGAGUAUCGUUUUAUCUAGGAUAAAAGAGGUUUCAAAUCCCAGGAGAGAAAAACUUAUUAUUGAUCAAGUGACGGAGUUGGACGGUUUGUCACAUGAUUUAUAUUGUGAAUCACGUGCCAAAACGUCCCUGUAGAUCGCUGGGAGCUCGUAGCGGGCGUCGUUUCGUUUUCUAUGCCGAGUUCUGAAACCUCGUUUACUCUAAAGAUCAUUAUGACAGGAUUAAGCAACUCUUUCUUCGCUAAUAUUACUUUAUCCUUUACAUUUCUCCAUUUGAAAAUGAGGAGUCACCACUGUUGGUUGGAUUAUUUAUUUUGGACGUCCUACUCGGGAAGGAAUGUUACGUAUACGCAGCGCUGCACGAUGGUUUUGAUCAGUCAAGUCCCCCGGCGUUCUUUCUGACUUACUCCCUUGUCCGCGCAAGUCUGGGAAAGGGCGGGCUAGUUCUCGGUGACGUCACAGCUCGCGGUAGAGUCCAGGUUUCACCGAACCGAGAGCGCGUGGAGACUAGGCUGUGUUUUGAUAUCCAGUAUCCGUAAAAUGAAUUGAAUUUUAUUGUUGGUAAUUUUUGUAUUUAUUCUUUGUUAAGUGCAGAUAAUGAUAAAAUAAAGGAUAAUUAGAGAAAUCUGUAGUGUAGUGGGAGC